UAGCAGCAGCAGCAGCAGUAGAAGCAGCAGCGUGUUCCCCUGCUGGGUUUAGUAGAGUGACUAAAAGCUGAGUGGAUUCUGCAGCAGGGACUGUUUAUCCUCCACUGCCAAGAUGACUUUAGAAUUUAAAGAUGCCUUCUGGGGCACGGACUUCAUCAGCAAUUGUGGGUAUGAGACCAUAAUUCAGAGGCUUAAUGAUGGCCGACGGACAUGCAAAGACAUGGAGGAGCUCUUGAAAAUGAGGGCAGCGGUAGAGGAGAAAUACGGCAAAGAACUGGUCACCAUCGCCCGCAAGGCUGGAGGUUUGAACGAGAUCUGCACUUUAAAAAUAUCUUUCGAUGAAAUGAAAAAACAAAUUGAGAACAUAGGAAACUUGCACAUUCAGCUCUCCGGCCACCUGAAGGACGAAGUGAAGAGGAUGGAGGAGUUCAGAGAGCGACAGAAAGAACAGAGGAAAAAGUUUGAAGUCAUGAUGGAGAAGGUCCAGAAAGCGAAAGUCGCCCUUUACAAGAAAACAAUAGAAUCAAAAAAGUGCUACGAGCAGCGCUGCAGGGAGGCUGACGAGGCCGAGCAGACGGCCCAGAAGAUGGGCGGCGCCCCCACCACCACUCCCAAACAGAUAGAGAAGAUGAACAAUAAAUCUAAACACUGCAGAGAAACUGCUGAGGAAGCUGCGAAACAAUACAUGUCAAACAUUGAACAUCUUGACAAGAUCCGUCAAGAAUGGGAGUCAACACACAUCAACACAUGUGAGAUAUUUCAGCAGCAGGAAGAGGACCGCCUCAGCAUACUGAGAAACGCUUUGUGGGUGCACUGCAACCAUUUAUCACUGCAGAGUGUGAAAGACGACGAGUGUUACGAGGACGUGAGAAGUACACUGGAAAAGUGUGACAUCAUGACAGACAACCAGUGCUUUGUGGAGAUGAAUAGCACUGGCACAAAGCCCCCGGCUCCAAUUGAAUACCAGGAUUACUACGAUGGAGACGCUGCGACUGAUAGAAACGGCAGUGCUGGAUUUGUUGGAGUCAUGAAAAGGUUUUCGAGUCUUUUGCAGGGAAAUUGUUCAUCAGGCUCCAAACUGAGCAUCAAUGAGCCGGUUGAACAGCCUAUCGCAGAAACAUCAGAUGGAGUAUAUGCUUCCAUUCCUGGGUUUCAACCGUCUCAACUGAGCAGUGACGAGUUCAAGGUCAUAUAUGAAUACAUAGCACAGGGGGAAGACGAGCUCUCUGUCUCUAUUGGGGACGUUGUGGUUGUUAUGGAUGAAGGUCAGGACGGAUGGUGGAUGGUGCAAAGAAACGGCCUUGCCGGAUUGGUUCCUGGCUCGUACCUCGCUAAAGAAUGAGUUCACCCGACAGUCACAUGUUGGACUUAAUAACAACUACACUUUAUCAGCUAAAAAUGUCUUGUAAAAGCCCACCUGAUAGUUUAGGAUUAUAAUAAUCAUUCAAAAUGUUAUACUGUACAUAAGGUUGUGGAAUGGUGAGUUAUUUAUUGCUUUGGCACAAAUUCAUAUAACUUUACAUGAUGCCAAAACCUAGACAGCUGGUUAACACUGAUACGUUGAAUAUUGUCACUGCGUUAUGUUCAUUCUAAUAUGGUCAAUUGAAUUGUUCAAUCUAUAAGCCCUUCAUUUUGGGCUGAAUUUGUAUCUUGUAUAUAACUCCUGUGUACUGUUUUGUUUCAGAUUGCUAAAAAUAAUAUUUGUUUUUCUUACAAGAGAAUAUAUUUGUAUUCAUUUGA